UGAUGAUAACAAGGUCCCUCCGUGAAGAUCAAGAAAGAAGAGGAAAGUGAAGAUCGUUUCAUCUCGUCUUGCUGCUGGUCUGCCAAGGAUACGGGUUGAAGUUCAAGAAGAGUUAUUCCGCUCCAGAAGAAAGUUUUACGGGAAGAUAAUAAAACAACCUCAAGAUGGCAGCACCAGAAAGUGAAGAGUCUGAAACCAUGGCAGUAAUUAAGGAAAGAGAAGAGAAAAGGAAAGAGGAGCUCAAGAUGGAAUUAAUUGAAGCUCGAGAUGAGAUUCGUAGAAAGAGUGAAGAAAAGGCGAAAGAACUUCAAGAACUUCGCGCUAAAAGGGAUGCACGUCGUGCUCAGCAAGCUGAGGAACAAAAACUACGGGAACAAUAUGAAGCAGAGAGACGAGAAAAGGAGAAAGUAGAGAAACAAAAACGGAAGGAGAUGUUAGAAAUGAAGAAGAAGGAGAGAGAAGCUAGCCUCAAGGCAAUGCACAAUCCGGAUGCUUAUCAUGCCAUCAUUGUUGAGAAGGAAGAGCCGAAGAAAAAACCCAAGAAGUCCCAGGAAGAACUUGAGAAAGAGAAAGAGGCAGCGAUGAGGGAACGGAUCCAACCUCUAUCAAUCGGAGGAAGCACUGCUGAAGAGAAGAUUCGUGAGAUAGCACGCAACCUUCUUCAGAGACUGAGUAACAUCUAUGCUGAUAUCUUUGAUAUGAAAUGUCGCAAGAAACGCCAGGUGUAUGAUCAUACUGAACUGCUUCAACGCAUCGCAGAUUUAACCAAGGUCAAAGAGCCACAUUCUGCUGAGGCUGCUGGAACUGUACACAAGUUCAAAGAUGGAGGCGUAUUCAAACCUCAGGAGCACGACCAUAAGACGAAGAUGCAGAUGGACGCAGAAGCCGGUUCUAUAAUGUCUUCCGGUGGGGUCAAAGGUCGAUCUGGGAUGUUUGGGGGAGGCUCUGAGAAGAAAACCCCGGAGGAUGACGAAGGCUAACAUUAACGGAGAUUCUGAAAGAACUUGAGCAUCAAAUGAGGUUUUGGCGCCAAAUUAAGUUUGCUUUCCCGCCAUCUUGCCUAUUGAAUAUCUGCUGCAUGAUCGAAUAAACCUCAACAGCAGAACGUUUAAAUUAAUUUGUAACCAAUGUAGAUUAGAACCGUGUGUUCAGCCUUUUGGUUGUAAUGCUUUAAAAAUAAAACCAGAGGGCCUUUUUCAUUGUUAAACACACCUUUUGAUAAGUGUUAUUUCGGGGAGGAAACUUAAUAUUAGAAGUCUUCACUGUUGCAGUAAUACAGAUACAACUUGUAUUUAUAAAAAAUGUUUGUUUGGGUUGCUAUUUUUAAACAACUUUCUGCAAACUUCCAUCUUACUACAAAGAACCAUUGAUCGUAUUUUCAAAACUUGGCAACAAAUUUACCAGAUUGUGUUAGGAUUUUAGAACGCUUGACAAUUAAAAGAUAUGAAACUUUCACAAAAUAGUUUGCAUUAUAUUGUCUGGUAUCUAAGCUUCAAUUGUUAAUAUUGUGCAUUCCUUCGUUUCAUCUCCCUCUCCGCAGGGUUUGGAUCGGGCUCAGACUAUUGAUCUGACCAAGUGAUUGGCUCAGUAGCAACCAAAGGGGUGCUUUGCAGUGUAUCACGUGGUAUAUUGUUUAAGUUUUACUUUCGAAAUUGUGUCGACCAACAUGAAACCAAAACUACUGGAUAGAAGAAGUUUUCCUGGAACACAAUC